CAUAUGGAUACUACUAUGAUGAAAUGUGUGGUCAUUGUAAAGAUCUGACUCAAUGUUCUCCUGUUACUGGGAUAUGUCUCACAGGAUGUAGUGCUGGAUAUUUUGGACCAUCGUGCAAAGAAGAGUGUCAUAUUGGUAAUUAUGGACACAACUGCAAUGAGACAUGUGGUCAUUGCAUGGAUCUUUCUCAAUGCUCCACUACGAGUGGAAUCUGUCAUACGGGAUGUUCUAAUGGGUACACUGGAGGUUUUUGCAAAAAAGAAUGUGACAUUGGUCUCUACGGAUAUGCAUGUUAUAAUACGUGUGGUCACUGCAUUGAUCCGGCAGAAUGUAACCAUGUCACUGGAACAUGUCGUACAGGGUGUGCAGCUGGAUAUCGCGGACGUUUGUGCAUAGAACACUGUGAUGUUGGUCAUUAUGGGUAUAAUUGCAACGAAACAUGUGGCCACUGUUAUGAACCAGCACAAUGUUCUAAUGUCUCUGGAACCUGUCGAACUGGAUGUGAAGCAGGAUAUUCAGGAAGAUUGUGCAAGAACGAAUGUGACAUUGGUCUCUAUGGAUAUGAUUGUUAUGAUACGUGUGGCCACUGCAUUGAUCCAGCAGAGUGUAACCAUGUCACUGGAACAUGUCGCACAGGGUGUGCAGCUGGAUAUCGCGGACGUUUGUGCAUAGAACAUUGUGACAUUGGUCAGUAUGGGUACAAUUGCAACGAGACAUGUGGCCACUGUUAUGAACCAGCACAAUGUUCUAGUGUCUCUGGAACCUGUCGAACUGGAUGUGAAGCUGGAUAUUCAGGAAGAUUGUGCAAGGACGUUGAUAAAGAAAAAGUCAUGGCGAUUUCUCUAUACAGCCUGAUCGGUGUUGUAUGUUUCUUGGUUAUCAUCAUCGGAGCUCUAAUCUUAUAUAUUGUACUCACAAGUUUUGAUGUAUUGGAGGCUUGCGAAGCACGGCGUCUGGUGAGAAGAUGGGGCAGAACUUUCGAGAACGGGACAACCAAGGACGCGGGUUGA